AUGGAAGAAAAGAUAACCUUGAAGAGUUGUGAUGGAGAAAUUUUUGAUGUUGAUGAAGCUGUUGCUCUUCAAUCUCGAACCAUUAAACAUAUGAUUGAAGAUGGUUGUGCUGAUAAUGCUAUACCUUUACCAAACGUGAAAAGCCAGACGUUGGCUAAAGUUAUUGCGUAUUGCAAGAAACACGUUGAAACCUCUGAAGGGAAUGGUCGUCGUGAAGAUCUUGACAAGUGGGAUGCUGUUUUUGUUAAAGUCGGUCAGUAUACCCUGUUUGAAUAUAUCUUAGCUGCAAAUUAUUUGGAUAUCAAGAGCUUGUUGGAACUGACUUGCCAGAAAGCUGCGGAUGGGAUCAAGGAUAAGACACCAGAGAAGAUUUGCAAAUAUUUCAACAUUAAGAAUGACUUCACCCCAGAGGAAGAAGAGGAGGAGGUUAAGAAGAAGGCUUUCUAA